AUGUUUGAAGGUGACGUCGGCGAUGUGUGUGCCGUCGCAACGGAAGUGGAUGUGGCCCACCUCCUCGCAGCGGCGGCAAACUGCCGUGAUGGGUCGGCUGUCGUCACGGUCGAGUUGCGGCUCCGACAUGUCUCGAGCGAUUCGCACGCGGGGUGGAGUCGGCGGGAAAAGGACAUGCUCCUGUUGUGCCUUGACCGCGCUGUGCCGCGUGUGUACCCGCCGCUUGACCCGCUGCAGUACACGCAGGCCUUGCCGGAGUUUCUCUUGGAGGAUGGCGUACGUGUGGUGCGUCUGCGCAUCACGCCCUCUGCGCGGUACUCUUUCUCCGCCCCGGUCCUCCACCAAGUAGAGGGCAACUGUCCGAGGCCGCGGUUUACACCGUCGGACACCACAAACAAUUACGAUGCUCUUGUUGCAUCGUCGGUGGCGGGGCAGUGUAAGGAAGAUGAGGAUGCGGCCGUAUUCAUGCGUCGGCGUUGGAGGAAGGCUGCAUGGAUAACAGCUCGCGUCUUUAACGAGGGCAGUUGGUAUGCUGCAGAGCAAGGGUCUAUCAAGGUUGCCAACGAGGCAGUCGGUAGUAGUCACAAUGAUGUCAGCAACGCCAGCAUACUCGACGCCGCUGUGCGCUUCAAGGAAAAGCGUCUUCUUCACGUGGACGUCUUUGGAAUGGAGUUUGUUGGGCUCAUUGUGGCACUCACGUCGCGAUACGCGUACGUCGCAGUUCCAUUUCCCCAAGAUGGGCAGUCUACUCCGCCAUGGUCGCUUGUCAGCCGUGUGGGGAUACCGUCUAUGCUGGCUGAAGCAAGGGCAACGCUUACACGAAAGCGUGAGAGGGGCGAAUGUGCAACAGAUGGUUUUACACCUUUUAUAAACGAAGAAGAGUUAGUGUCGCACGAUGUGAGACCGUUAAGGCGUCUCCCGCCCGACCAGUGUGUGCGGGUGGUACUGCGGGCGCAUAAGGUGUACUGCAAGUAUCAGCACCCGAUGGUAGGUGGUCCGGCCCCGUUUUCUCUUGCCUUUGAGGAUGUCGCCGCUCUUUCUUGUGCUGUAGUGGAGGAUCAGGCGAAGUUACUAGAGUCUCUUCCGACGUAUUUGGACCUUCUGAAGAUUGUGUGUGCAAGCUGCGCGCGGUUUCUGCGAGGCUACAUCAAAUACAUGGGGGCCUCCGCCAACAGUGCUGAGGAGCGGCUAUUCACUUCACUAACCGACACCGUCUCUGUUCACAUGAAAAAGUUGCGCGGAAGGGAGGGUCAACCACCCGUGAUGGUUGCAUCACCGCAGGAGAUUCCAUCGCUUGUGGAAGGGACGUGUGUUGAGUUCAAGGCGAAGAUAGAUAAGUGGCAGGACGGUGCAGACGCCGUUUCUCCAGGGCAGCCGAAACGGUCCAUCGUGAACUUGGAGCGUAUUCGGCACACUGUCGCUGCCAUGGCAUCCACGCUGGGCGGUGUCCUCCUUGUAGGUGUCACCGAUGAUGGGGAGGUGAUUGGCCACGCUAGGGGUGCGCUGAAGGAGUUACGUCUCUCCGGUUUUUGCCCGGCGAUGGUAAAGGGCGGCGUUAUGGUCACUGAGAUGCGUGCGGUGAGGGGGGAGCCUGCGAUAGCAAUGCCAAAAGACUGGUGGAAGGCGACUAAACGGCAGCCGCACGAGCAGCUGGCAGUGGAGAGCACGACGGAUCGUGUCGUGACCGUCGUCACGGUGGGACGCGGGCCAGCGCCCUUUUACGCACCGUCGCGUCAUUCCGUUCCGUACAUGCGGGGGUUUGCCAGCACAGUCCCGCUGCAUGUUGUCGUCUGCGCUCGGCGCAUCGCGGAGCUCCUGCCGUAG